CUUUUGUCGGCUUCUCUCGCUCGGGUGUUUCCGUCGCGGGCCGCAGCGCUUCGGCUCCGCUCGGCUCUUUCCGCCGCGGCCGGCUGUCGCCUUCGGCCCCGCGCGCUCCGGCCGGCCGCCCGCUCCGCCCUGCCCAUGUCGGACGUGCUGGCCGUCGCCGCCGGCUCCCGCUUCGAGCCCCCGGCUGCCGGCGCGCCGCGCGGACCCGCGCCCCCAGAAAAUGAAGACUUAGCCCAAAAGACAGAGUCUGCAGAUCAGCUGGUUGAUUCUUUGGAGUCCAGUACUUUGCAGAGCAGGUCGCAGACUGGGUCGCUCGUGAAUGCAGGCACCACAGAGGAUUCCAAGGAAGGAGCUGGCUCUUUGGAGGAUCAGGAAGUGACAGAACUAGAAGAGAAGCUGCCUGACCAAAUCCAGUCCCUCAAAGAGGAGGCUGUUGUUCGGAUGACCAACUACCAUGUACCCCAAGGAGCAGGGGAUAUAGUCAUGAUUCAGUCAGAUCACACUGGUGCUGUGGAUAUCCUUUCAGCGGAGCUGGAGACUGCAGACCUCCUUGGGGAACAGAGGAAAGCUCAGCCUCCCCCUCUGGCUCCACCCACCAUGUGGACCACUGAGAAGACGAAGGAAUUCAAAGCCAAGGUGGGAAAGGAGAAGAAUGGCCGGAUGGUGGUGAAGCGAGGCGAGGUGGUGACAGUCCGUGUGCCAACCCAUCCUGAUGGGAAAUGCAUUUGCUGGGAGUUUGCUACAGAUGAUUACGACAUUGGUUUUGGAGUCUACUUUGACUGGACCACAGUUACUAGCACUGCCAUUACUGUUCAGGUCAGCGAAUCCAGUGAUGAGGAGGAUGAAGAGGAGGAGGAGGAAAAUGAAGGACUUGCCCCUGUUGGUGAUGUGGAAAGGGGCUCCAAAAGCUAUCUGCGGAACCGCUAUGGAGAGAUCAUGCCAGUAUAUCGGAGGAACAGCCAUCGGGAGGUGCAGGCAGGCAGCCACGAGUACCCAGGCGAGGGCAUCUACCUGCUGAAAUUUGACAACUCAUACUCUCUCCUCCGCAAUAAGACUCUCUUCUUUCAUGUCUAUUACACUAGCUGAACUAAAGGGAAGGGCAGGGACGGCAGGCAGGUAAUGGUGAAUGUAGCGGGCUGCCACCUAACCUUGGUACUGCCUGAUGGGCACUGCUGUGUGACAACCAAGGCACAAUUCUGCCGGCUCUUCUUCAGACACUAACUGGUUUCUCCCCACACCCUCCUUCCCUGCUGUCCCAGUGGAGAAAGGUAGCUGUAUCUGCCUGGUUGUCCACAGGCAGCUGCUCUUUCUGUAAAACUUUGGGAGAUCUGCUCUGUGCAGGCAUUGGGCUGGGCCUUCAUGUCACAGCUGGAAAAUGCCCAGAGCCCAAGUUCAGGUGGUCGUGGUUUCAAUCUGUUGCGCUGGUACAAAAUGAAGUGAAAAUAUUUUUGAUCUGUUACUAUUUUGUGAGUAACUUUUCCAACUCUCCUGCUGCAUCUGCAUCACUAGAGGGCAGCUGUCAGCUGCAGUGAGCCAAAAGCACAGCUGGCUUAUCACCUGGCCACUUAGAUGCCAUCACCUACCACCACUACAUGUCACCAGCACCUCGUGCUUCCUCCAGUCGUGCGGGUGGGGGCGCAGCUGGCCAGCGGCAGCCCCUGCUGCAGUGGCUUGGCCAUGCUACAACAGGCAGCCCCUAACGGCAGUCAUGGCAUGUGUUUGAACGGGGUUGGGGGGAGGGUGCACACCUGCAAGUCCAUAAGAAGGUUUCCCUACAGAUGAAUUGGAUGUUAUACCUGUUGAUUGUAGGAAUGUGUAGGUUAUUAUAAAACUUCAGUGACCACCAAAAUUUUUUCUGUAAUGCAGAUGUGAAGGAGAAGAAAUUACUUACUGCUGUGCUGAGUAAAUACGAGAAGGUUGGAGUACAACCAAAAAAUAGGAAAUGUUUCAUAGUAGCAGCAUGUUGGUUCACUGGUAUUGCUGCCAGCUGGAUAAUACCACAUGUAGCAAGAAAAAAAGGCUCCCCAGAGAAGUGUAGCUUGUCUGCUGCUAUUGCUGUUGCAAAGAUAUUGUUGGAAAAGGACAUCUUUUCUCAGAAACUUGAAGGGUAUGGGAUUUAAAUAAUCCUUUCUGUGAACCAGAAUCAGCAAGGCCAUUGCUAACCCUGACUGUGUGGUAAAGGGUGGAGUUCCUUGGCAUGUUUUGGUGGCUAGUGGUGGCGUUGGUGAUCACCUUCUGCUCAAGUACUGGCAGAGUUGAACAAGGAUUAAAUUAAUCCUUCAGAGAUGAAUUUUAAAUCAUGUUUAUCUGUAACUUGUUUAUUUUAAUACUUUUAAAUUGAAAUCAUUCUCUUUUCUAAGAAUACUGCUGUAUCUACAUUUUUGAUACCUCUUUGCAAAGACACAAAAUAGCUGUUUGCAUGGUAAUUCUAGUAGAAUUCUGAGUUUUAUUUUUAAAUCCUCCAGGUAAAGCACCUUUACUUGGUCUGUUCCUUCUACUGAGAGGAAUGAUGGACAAAAUGAUUUUGGGGUAGUUAAAGCCAAAGACUUCACUCUCAUGGGAGGGAUGCAUAUUUCCUAUUAAGGAUAUAUUGUAAUGCUGUGCAAUUUGCUCCAUAUUCAAGCUCUUCUUUUAACUAUCUUUGCUUGCUUAAUUCCCUGCCAUGGAGCACUUAGUAGGUCAAAAUGGUAAGAGAGAGAGCACUCAGUCUACAAUAGAGCAGCCCAGGCUGGGAGCAGGAGUAGUGGAAAUGCAAAGGACACUGGUUGGAGCACAGGGGCUUUCUGGGUGAGCAGGCGGGGAGCAGAGUUGUUGCUGCUUUGGGCUCUGAGAUGGGGAGAAAAGAGCUGCUUUUCUCAAAAGAGAAAGCAAGCGCACCUGGGUAAAGGGGACUGCAAAGCUGCCUUAUUCGAGUGAGGCAACCACAGGACAACCUUGCAGGGGACAGAACAGUAGAGCUUGGUAUCUGUCAGAGUAAGAUGCUCUUUCAUUUAGCAGCUUGGGGAGGACUGUUCCUGCCUUUAGCCUCUCCUGGGGGAGAAGAAGGACCAUCCUGUGGCCUUUGUACAGCAUUUGAAUCAGGCCUGAGCAAUGUGGGUAAGGUGCUGUCUUUUUUUUAUGUCCUUUGUCUAUCAAGUUCCUAGACACUAAACAGAAUAAGAUAGGGAAGACCCUUCAGUCUGACCGCAAUGUCAGCACUGCCCCACUCAAUGACUGCUUUUGGUCCUUUGCUGGGAGUUUCGCAGAACCCUGCAUGCAGUUGCAGGUUAAUGUAUGAUGCACUGUCUGGCGCCUACUCCACUUUCUCAUUAGGAUUUAUUUACAAUGAAGGCAAUUAUCGCUACUCAGUUGCACAGCUCAUUGCAGGCUAGUGGGUUAUCUCCACUAAAAAACUGUUUUCCUUACAGUGUGGCCUUCCUGUUGCUAACUUGCAGCUACUUCCCCCUCCUGUCUGUCUGUUGCUCACAUUAAGGUUUGAAGUAUGUUUUGUCAGGUCAUAAGGAGUAUGGCCUGCCUCACAACCAAUUUUGUCGCUCACUGGCACAUAAAUAGUAUGUGCUACUUUUCAAGCCAUUAAUUGGUGGUUUUAGUUAAGAUGAGUUGCACUGUAGAUGGCAGUCCUAUUGCUCAGUUCUAGCUUUAUGAAGUGUGGACCAACCUAUUAAGGCAGCUCAGGUCGCUUGUUAGGAACUGUGCCCAUCUCCUCGUUUCGCUGACUUAAGCCCACUUAAGCACUGAAUAUGGUUUGUCAUCCCAACCAAUGUGUGCCUGGUCUGCAAAUGCAUUGUGCCCAUAGAUAGGCCUGCUGCAGUGGAACCGAAAGCACUUGGUGUGUUACUUACACCAGGAACUUAAGGUUCCCGGAAGUAUCUGCUAUCUCUUAUGAACACAAGAUAGUUUUAGGCACAGAGUAUUUCAUCUGCAGGAAGCAGAAGCUUCGCAGUCGUACAGGAUAAUUCUUCUUUUUGCUUACGGUUUUUUAAUUUCCACAUUACAUGAGUAUGUUGUUUCUCAGGUAUUCCGAUAGCAUUCAUUACCCAAGUGACAACUUCUUUUUGGAAGGGUCUAUAGUCUUCAUUAAUUUCUGAUAAAUACAAUAGCUUGUCUGUGUGGCUAGUGAUUACCAGCAGCCAUUCCCAUUCAAAAUCGAACCCAUAGCUGGUUCAGACAAGUAACCUUAUUUUUCAUGCCUCCUUUUUUUGUUCGGUGGAUCUCCUGGAUUUGUAUCCAACCCUGCUAUCUGGCUGAGGCAAUGAUGGAAACCCUUCUAUUUUAAUUGCAGACUUUUGGAACUAGACCUUAGGUCUAGAAAGAAAAAUUAAUUAAAAAGGGAGUUGCAAUUCAGAGAGGGAAAUUAAUCCUUGUGAAGGGAAAAUUCCUUUCUUGUUCCCGUGGAAGGAAGAUUUCAGAUAGGUUUUUAAAAUGUGUUUCUUCUCCCUGUAUAUUGUCUAGAAAUCCAAAAAGCUAAAUCAAGGAAGAAGCUUCUUUGCAUUUUGCGUUUGCUUUUGUGAAAGCACAAAUUGUUUUCCAUUUUGUUUUGAAUAUAAUUUAGAUCUAGAAAUACGAUCUACGUGUUCAGCCAGAAAUAUGCCCGUCCUGUAGUGCAGGACUUGCGUAAACAUUAGCUUUAUAAUUGUUUGUUUAUAAUAAUGAGUACAAUCUGUUGGGCAUUUUUUUAUGUCAAAGGUCAUAAGAUCUCCAUUGUUGGUUUUUCUGUGUGCUCUUUGCUUGCUUUUCUUCCCCUUCCCCCCCCCCCCCCCUUAGGUGUAAUGUAGCAGCAGGAGUUUAAAAUGGAUGUGUUUUACCAAGGACAGUGAAAAUCGCUUGAAUCGGGGACCACUUGUACUGAUUUAGUUUACUCACAAGCUCUUUGGAGACCUGUAACAUAGACUCUUGUGAAAGGUUAUUGGUGUCAGAUUGAUUAUUGGUAAUGAGCCAUUUACAUGAACAGGGAAGGUGAAAAUGCGUAAAAGAAAGAGCUUAGUUGUCUGACUUCGGGUGCUAGAAGAAAGUGAAGUUUCUAUGCAACCGAGCGUAAAAGACACAAUGUACCUUUCUUUUUGGCUCUACCCUGUGCACUCGUCUCCUUGUAACUGUGUGUGCAUGUAACCUUCAACUGUGGCCUGCAGUGGGUCAGUUAUUGUGGUGCUGGACCUGGUGAGGUGGGUUAGAGAUGAACCUUGUCACAUGUCUAGUUGCUGAAAGACUUAUUCAUUUGUGUGGGGAAUUAGGGUAGAGAAUUAAUUUAGAGAAUCCCUAAAUGAGUUCAUUUUAUCCCCACUGCUUAUACCCUUCCUUCUUGUUUCAUUAUCCCUACUAAAGCCACUCUACAGAGGAUUUAUCACAAGGUGCCUUAGGAACAAAAGGAGCAUGUCUGAAAUAAGAGCCAUACAUGUCAUUAGUCCAAGGGAUUUCUCCUUGUUUUUCUGCCAAUUUGGGUAGAGGGGAGACACUUCCUACGAUCAGGCAAGGAGAGCCCUAUAGGCUGUUCCUGGAGAUUUAAGCUGUUCAUUAGACUGCCUUGUUGCUGUAAGUUGAGUCAUAGAAUGGUGUUUGAGUUUCCUGGUGCCAUAAGAUCUUUGCCUUUUAAAAUCAUAUGCUGUUGUCAUGUACCAGGGAAUACCAGAGGACUAUUCCUUUCGAUAUACUGAUGUUAAACCUGAGGACCAGAGGAACACUAGACAGGCAUAGAAGAGCAUUCCUCAUGGCCAUUCAUCAUUUUUCUCUAAAAAGAGUGUCUGAAUUCAGCACUGAGUGGUGUGUGCUUAUGUGUAUUGAGGCUGGAUAAGAGACCAAAGCAAAAAAGGUGGGGUUUUUUUUUGGUCUACAAGUGUGAAGGGAAAGACUGUUUCUCCUUUCCUCAUGUCUGGGAAGAUAUUGGAUGUGACAAUGUCAUGUAGAUGACUUGAAAAUAUCUCAAUGGGUAGAAUGGAAAACAGAACUGAUCAUGAUUGGCUAACUAAUUAGACUGUGAAAGAAGUCAGGAGUUUAGCAGGAGUCAAAAUGCUAAGUCAUUUAUCCAAAUAAGUUAAUUUGAUGUACAUACCAACAUAAUAAAGCUUUAGAAGGUACAUAAACAUGCAGAGUUCAAAUACGUCUCGCCAGGAGAAUUUUCUGUGGGGUUAUUUCACUUUGCCUCCAAAGAGUCUUUGGCAACAUGCUCUGAAACACUGGUGCGGUUGGAGCUGAAGACACAACAUCAGGCUGGGUGGACAGUGGGUCUGACUCCCCUUGGCUUUUCUGUGUUCCAUUCUGGAUUUUACACCUUGCCUUCUCAGAAGCAUCAAACAAGAAACGUACCCUUUAUCAGGCAGGGAGAGAGGAAGAAUUUUGCAAUCCAUUAGUGAGGCUAUCUGGUUUAAGCCCAUGUGGACUGGAGAGUUAAGUCCCUUGGGCAAGAAGCUGGAUGCCAACCAUAAAGCUGAGAGCUAAGGAGGCUUUCCCAAAUAAUGACCUUGCAGUUUAGGAGCUGUGUUUGGAAAUUUUAAAUAGCUGGAAAUGGUCUCCCGGCAACCUUCAGGAUGCUCUGGUGACUGCUCUCCUCAGAGGGAAGCGGUUUGCUCUCAACUCACUGCUCCAAGUUGCUAGCGUAGAUCUUUCAAUGGGGAGCAUCUUGUAGAGCUGGUCAUACCUUUUUUCAGACCUAUAUUCUUGUGAACUAUGAUGGUUGUCUGUCAGUUCUUAUCUAUGUGAUGUGAAUGUUUUUGAUGUCCUGUGAUUUCAAAAUUGAGUUCUCAGCACCAACCAUUUGCUCUUCAUGUCCUCCCAAGGUAAGAGUUUUAAAUGGAGGAGAGGAUAUUUCAACAAAAUGUGGCACUGAACCUCUUGCUGAAGGGCACAUAUGAAGGCUACAUUUGUAGCAUGCUUGCAUUCCUUCUAUGCUUGGUUUGUAUUGUUUAUAUUUGAUGUGUUGUGGCUGAUUUGUAAUAGCAUAUUGGAAUUUAUUCCCUUUAAAUAAACUUUUCACUAUGCAACCAA